CUUGUUAGAGGGUGGCAGACGCCAUUCUCACUGCCUCUGGAGGCCGUAAUUUAAACCAUUUGUGGAUCAGGUGGAAUUCUGGGAUGUUGGCCUCCUCCUCCAACCAACCAAACCCCAAAUUGUCUGAAGGAAGAGUCCAGCGAUUCCCAAAUGUAUCCUGCCACAGCAGACGAGGAAUAUUUACAAGGACUGAUGACUUCCUAAAAGGAAAGAAAAGUAAAACUGCGCCUGGGCCUCGAGAAGGAGCAAAGGUCAUGGGUUGUCAAGAGGUUGUCGUGCUCCUGUUGGCUGCCGCAGUGCAAUGUCAAGUGAACCCAGAAAUGUGUCGCUACCCACUUGGUAUGACUGGUGGACAGAUUCAGGAUGAGGACAUCUCUGCUUCCAGUCAGUGGUCUGAGUCAACAGCUGCAAAAUUUGGAAGACUUGAUUUUGACAACGGAGAUGGAGAUGGAGCUUGGUGUCCUGACAUUUUAUCCGAAUCUGACGGUUUUAAAGAAUAUCUUCAGGUGGACCUGCGCUCACUCCAUUUCAUCACACUGGUAGGCACGCAAGGGCGCCACGCUGACGGCAUGGGGAAGGAGUUUGCUCAGCGAUACAGGAUCAAGUACAGCCGGGACGCCACCAACUGGGUGAGCUGGAGUGAUCGAAAGGGGCGGCAGGUCAUUGAGGGGAACAGCAAUGCCUACGAUGUGGUGCUGAAGGAUUUAGAGCCUCCCAUUAUUGCACGAUAUGUGCGCUUCAUGCCAGUGACUGACCACUCUUUGAUUGUGUGCAUGAGAGUGGAGCUCUAUGGCUGCGAAUGGCUCGAUGGUCUGGUUUCUUACAGCAUCCCGGAGGGGCACCGCAUGAUCUACAGAGGCCUGGAUGUCUACUUCAAUGACUCUGUGUAUGACGGAGCAUCAGCUGAAAGACUGACAAAGGGCCUGGGCCAGUUGACUGAUGGCACCUGGGGUCUGGAUGAUUUCGUGCACAGUCACAUACAUGGCAUGUGGCCUGGCUACGACUACGUGGGCUGGAGCAACAGGAGCUCCCCCAAAGGUUAUAUAGAAAUGACCUUCGAAUUCGACCAUGUUCGGAACUUUACGUCGAUGAAGGUUCACUGUAAUAACAUGUUCAGUCAAGGUGUCCGGAUGUUUAGGCAAGCCACCUGUUUUUUCCGGUCUGGAUCAAACUGGGAAGCUGACCCGGUGACCUUUAAGCCACCUGUCGACUAUGUGAGCCAAAGUGCGCGGUUUAUCACCGUGCCCCUCGGGGACCACACGGCCAGCGCCAUCAAAUGCCGUUUCCACUUCAGUGACCUCUGGAUGCUCUUCAGCGAGGUGGCCUUCCAGUCAGGCUCGGCGGUUUACAACACAUCACUGACUCCUCGCAAACAUGGACACCCGGCAAACACACUACCAGGGGAUGAUCCAACUCACAAAGUGGAUGACAGCAAUACAAGGAUCCUGAUUGGUUGCUUGGUGGCUAUUAUCGCUAUCCUGAUGGCUAUCAUUGUCAUCAUCUUGUGGCGGACGGUGUGGCAGAAAAUGCUUGAGAAGGCAUCACGCCGCAUCCUGGAUGACGAACUCACAGCUCGUCUCGCGGUUCAGACGCAGGCCUUUUCCUUCCACCACUCGUCUUUGUCCUCCUCUCUCUCCACUUCCAAUUCCACCUAUGAGAGGAUCUUCCCCCUCUGCUCCGACUACCAGGAACCCUCCCGCCUCAUUCGAAGACUGCCGGAGUUUGCUCAUUCUACAGAGCACCUGGGUGAGGUCACAAAAUCCUCAUUGGAAGUCUGCUCUCACUGCAUGUGCUGCAAUGAUCCCUUGGCCAUGUGUCUUCCCGCAUCAGGACCAAGCAGCUCCUACAGGGCUCUUGCAGCCGGCGGUUUAGACAGCGCCCCUCACUAUGCAGAGGCAGAUAUUAUCAGCCUGCAGGAGUCUUCAGACAGCAGCGGCCACUCCAUCACGGCUGUCAACCUCAAUCUCUUUGCUGGCACAGAUCCAUCCAUGAGAGAGUUCCCCAGAGACAAACUUACGUUCAAGGAGAAACUGGGAGAAGGACAGUUUGGAGAGGUGCAUUUGUGUGAAGCAGAGGGCAUGCAGUCCUUUUUAGAUGAGGCCCUAUCUGCAGAAGAGGACACCCAAUCACCCCUGCUAGUAGCUGUUAAAACCCUGCGAGAAGAUGCCAACAAGAACGCAAGGAAUGAUUUUCUCAAAGAGAUCCGCAUCAUGUCCCGCCUGAGGGACUCAAACAUUGUCCGUCUUCUGGCCGUGUGUGUGGACAAGGACCCUUUGUGUAUGAUCACUGAGUACAUGGAGAAUGGGGACCUCAACCAAUUCCUCUGCAAUCUCAGACUAAAGGAGACUGAUGAGGAACAUGAGGCGGCACUGGAGGAGAAAGAGGAGAUUAGUGUGGUCAGCUACAGUAAACUGAUUGACAUGGCCGUGCAGAUAGCAUCUGGUAUGAAGUACUUGUCCUCCCUCAACUUUGUCCACCGUGAUCUGGCCACACGCAACUGCUUGGUGGGGAAGAACUACACCAUAAAGAUAGCAGAUUUCGGCAUGAGUCGCAACCUGUACCGCGGGGACUACUACCGGAUUCAGGGUCGAGCUGUGCUACCGAUCCGCUGGAUGUCUUGGGAAAGCAUCCUGCUGGGUAAAUUCACCAUGGCCAGUGACGUGUGGGCAUUCGGGGUGACUUUGUGGGAGAUUCUGACUCUUUGCAAGGAGCAGCCAUAUUCCCACCUCUCCGAUGAGCAGGUCAUUGAAAACACAGGCGAGUUUUUCAGGGACCAGGGCAAACAGGUCUACCUGCCUCAGCCGCCAUGCUGUCCCUGUGCAGUGUAUCACGACUUGAUGCUGAGCUGCUGGAAGAGAAAUGCCAAACAAAGGCCGAGCUUUCAGGAAAUACACAGUCAGCUUGUACAGAGCCUGGCGUAGCAGAUGGGACAUUUUUCUCUGUGACGCACAGCCUGCACAGGAUUUAUUGUGUAUGAAUGUGGAGUUCUAUUCAACCCUGCAAAUGUUAUCCAGUUGUUUUAAACUAGUUUGCGACAAAGGGGCUGUAUAUAAUAAGGAGGAAGUGGAUUGUGCUUUAUAGACAUGCCAUGAAACAUCUUAUAAUGCAUUACUCUAUGUAUUUAUUAUUUUCUACCACCUCUUCAGUGUCUAUUUAUAGAGCAGAUAUAUUAUUUCUAGGGUUUUAACACAUAUGUGUACAAUUUAUAAAAUAAAUCAGCUCUUCUAUAUAACCUAUGAAUCAUUUCUAUUUUUGUACUUGCAAAGAAAGUGAAAGUUACCAUAACUAAAUGUUCAUUUUUUUAACCUUACAAUAAAAUACACACCCUGGAUACUUAAUCCACUUUAUUUACUGCAAAAAUAUGUAAAUC